AUGCCUCCCAGGAGAAAGAAGAGUGCAGGCCCUGUGGGGAGGGCACCUGAGGCACAAAUUGAUGAAGAGGUGGCCACCCAUGGCAAGAGUUCGAACGAAAAGCAUGUCAAAUCUCAGACGAAGGACGAGAGGCCACGGAAGGCGCCGCUCGCGAGAGAUACUUUCGGUGCAAUCCUGGAACCCUUCUACGACCAGAAGUUGCUCACCGAUAGCAUUGAGACGGCUCGAGACAAGUGGAAUUUGCUACCAGCAUUUCUGAAGGUCAAGGGUCUGAUUCAUCAACACAUCGACAGCUUCAAUCACUUCGUCGAGGUCGAGCUCAAGAAAAUCAUUGACGACAUCGACCCGAAUUUCUACAUCAAGUAUCUCAACAUCUAUGUGGGCAAGCCAUCUCGUUACGACGAGCAAUACUACGGAGAUGGACGAGAGUCGACCGUCUCACCCAAUGAGUGCAGGUUGAGAGAUCUGACCUACGCCGCGCCAAUCCUAGUCGACGUUCAAUAUCCCAAAGGCAAUCAGAUCUUUCGACGGAAGGGCAUGACCAUUGGCAGGCUUCCAAUCAUGCUUCGAUCUUCACGCUGUAUUUUGUCCGGGAAAACAGAGGCGGAACAGGUCGACUUACAGGAAUGCCCUCUCGACCCAGGCGGAUAUUUCAUCGUGAAUGGCACCGAGAAAGUCAUUCUUAUGCAAGAGCAGUUGAGCAAGAAUCGUAUCAUUGUCGAGACAGAGCCUAAGAAGGGUCUGAUUACAGCCUCUUGCACAAGCUCAACGCACGCGCGAAAAUCUAAGACUUACGUUAGCCUUCGGAAGGGCUUGAUCACAAUGAAUCACAAUAUUCUACAGGAGCCAAUCCCGAUAUGCGUGCUCCUGAAAGCCAUGGGUGUUGCGAACGACAUGGAGAUGAUGACUAUCGUUGCUGGUACAGACCAGGCACUUCAGGACGACUUCGCAGAAAACUUUGAGGAAACAAUCAAGCUUGGCAUUCACACCCAACAGCAAGCCUUGGAUCACGUUGGAAGCCGAAUCAAAAUCGCACGAAAGCAGACGCCCUUCGGCCAGGUCAAGCGAAACUAUGUUCAGGAGGCACUCGAAGCUGUCUCAAAUGUGCUCCUUGCACAUGUCCCCAUCGAAGAUCUAGAUUUCAGACCUAAAGCAAUCUUUAUUGCUCACAUGGCUCGACGAUGUCUCAUGACGAAGCAAAAUCCUGAUAUGGUGGACGAUCGCGACUACGUUGGAAAUAAGCGUAUUGAAUUGGCAGGACAAAUGUUAUCACUUCUCUUUGAAGAUUCGUGGAAGAAGUACAACUUCGAUAUCAAGCUGAACAUGGACAAGAUCCUGAGGAGGCCGAACAAGACUGAAGUUCCAGAUCCCUGUGCGAUCAUGAUUGGUCACGCAUCUCAGAUCACGCAGGCUAUGAGCAGAGCCAUUGCCACAGGCAACUGGAAUCUCAAGCGAUUCCGCAUGGAGCGAGCCGGUGUCUCACAUCUCCUCAAUCGCCUGAGUUUUAUUGCUACAUUAGGCAUGAUGACGAGAAUUUCAUCUCAAUUCGAGAAGACUCGCAAAGUGUCUGGGCCGCGUGCUCUUCAGCCGUCGUCUUUCGGCAUGUUAUGUCCUGCAGACACACCCGAGGGUGAGAGCUGUGGUUUGGUCAAGAACACAGCCUUGAUGACACACAUCACAACCGAACAACUGCAAGAGCCGAUCAAGCGGAUCAUUUACAUGCUCGGGGCGGAAGAUAUCAGCUCAGUCGGCGGCUCCGAGCUAUACGCUCCUGGUUCUUAUCUUGUCAUGCUGAAUGGCACUCCGCUCGCUGUAACGAGAUAUCCAUCACAAUUCCUUGGCGCCUUUCGAAAGCUGAGACGAUCUGGCCGAAUUUCUGAGUUCGUCUCCAUCUUCAUCAACCACCACCACAGUGCCAUACAGAUAGCGACCGAUGAAGGUCGAGUCUGUCGGCCCCUGAUCAUUGUCGAAGACCGCAAGUCCAAGGUCACGAAGAGAUAUCUCAAAUCUCUUCAGCGUGGAUCAAUGGACUUCGAGGACUUCCUCGCCAGAGGUCUGGUUGAAUAUUUGGACACGAAUGAAAUGAAUGACGCUUUGAUUGCACUCACCGAGGAUGAUAUCACGACGAACACGACACAUCUGGAGAUUGAGCCGUUCACGAUAUUAGGCGCCGUUGCUGGUCUCAUCCCAUAUCCACACCAUAACCAGUCACCUAGAAACACCUACCAGUGUGCUAUGGGUAAACAGGCCAUCGGUGCUAUUGCCAGCAACCAGUUUCUGCGCAUUGACACAAUACUCUACCUCAUGGUGUACCCUCAGAAACCGCUUGUCAAGACACGGACAAUCGAGCUAAUCAAAUACGACCAACUUCCGGCUGGUCAGAACGCUACAGUGGCUGUCAUGUCCUUCAGUGGGUACGACAUUGAAGACGCUUUGGUUCUGAAUCGUGCCAGUGUUGAUCGAGGUUUUGGACGAUGCCAGGUACUUCGAAAGUAUCCUGUUUCACUAAAGCUCUACCCGAACGGCAGUAAGGACAGUGUUCGUGAGCCGACGAUCGAUCAGCAGACCGGUGUCAAUGUAAAAGAGCACGCCUUGCUGGACUACGAUGGCAUCGCACGUGUGGGUGAGAAGAUCUCGGCAGGAGAAGUCUUCAUCAAUAAGCACCUACCGCAGAACGCCAACAGCUCAGGCUUCUCUGACAACGGAAACGGGCACGAUUCGGACAAUGCCAUACCUCAACCUCAACGAUACAAGCUCAGCGAUUUCUCCUACGUAGACAAAGUCAUGGUCUCUGAAGUCGAGAACGGUUCGCAACUCAUCAAGAUUCAGACCCGGCAAACCCGUAUCCCCGAAGUUGGCGACAAGUUCUCCUCCCGCCACGGACAAAAGGGAGUGGUCGGAAUCAUCGUCUCCCAAGAAGAUAUGCCUUUCAGUGACCAAGGCGUCACGCCGGAUAUCAUCAUGAACCCGCACGGCUUCCCAUCUCGUAUGACCGUCGGCAAAAUGCUGGAGCUUGUUUCCGGAAAAGCCGGCAUCCUUGAUGGCAAGUUUGAGUACGGCACUGCCUUUGGUGGCUCCCAGCUCGACGACAUGUCACAAGUCCUCAUGAACCACGGCUUCUCCUAUGACGGGAAGGACUACCUCACCUCAGGCGUCACAGGCGAACCAUUGCCAGCUUACGUGUUUACCGGCCCCAUCUAUUAUCAGAAGCUCAAGCACAUGGUGCAAGAUAAGAUGCACUCACGCGCGCGUGGACCUAGAGCUAUCCUCACCCGUCAGCCCAUGGAAGGCCGCUCUCGAGACGGCGGUCUGCGUUUGGGAGAAAUGGAGCGCGACUGCUUGAUCGCAUACGGCGCCAGCCAGCUGAUGCGCGAGCGUCUGAUGCUGAGCUCGGACGUGCACAAUGUGGAGAUCUGCGAGAGUUGUGGCUUCACGGCUUUCAAUCGGCAGUGCAAGCGCUGUAUCACAGCGGGAGACAGUGAAGCAGGCUCUAAGGUGGUGACACUACAGAUGCCGUACAGCUUCCUGCUGCUGAGUCGGGAGCUGAACGCAAUGAGUAUCAGUACGCGGCUGAUUGUAGAUGACGAGUUUCCGGCCUGA